AUGGUGAACAUCACAGAGAAAAUUAAAGAGAUUGAGGAGGAGAUGCGCAGGACGCAGAAGAAUAAGGCAACGGAAUACCAUCUAGGUCUGCUAAAAGGAAAGCUUGCACGAUUACGAGCACAGCUGCUCGAGCCUACAGGUGGAGCGGGAUCUGGCGGUGGCUCGGGUUUCGAUGUGAGCAAGAGUGGUGAUGCUCGAAUAGCCCUAGUGGGAUUCCCAUCUGUGGGCAAGUCGACUUUUUUAUCAAAGAUUACGAAGACGAAGAGUGAGGUUGCGGCAUACUCCUUCACGACGCUCACGGCGAUUCCUGGAGUUUUGGAGUACGGCGGCGCCGAGAUCCAGGUCCUUGAUCUGCCUGGUAUUAUUGAAGGUGCUGCCGAGGGUAAGGGGAGAGGGAGGCAAGUCAUAUCUGCUGCUAAGACUAGCGAUCUAAUAAUGAUGAUUCUUGACGCUACGAAACGUGCCGAACAGCGGGCGCUUCUGGAAGCUGAAUUAGAGGCAGUUGGGAUCCGGUUAAAUCGGGACCCCCCAAAUAUUUACCUGAAAGUGAAAAAGGCAGGCGGGAUGAAAAUCACAUUCCAGUCACCGCCCAAAAAUCUGGAUGAGAAAAUGCUCUAUAAUAUUUUACGAGACUACAAGAUUUUGAAUUGCGAAGUUUUAGUCCGCGAUGAAAAUGCUACGGUUGAUGACUUUAUCGACGUGAUUAUGAAGGACCACAGGAAAUAUAUUAAAUGCCUUUACGUCUAUAACAAAAUAGACAGCGUCAGCCUGGAUUUCCUCGACAAACUUGCCCGUGAGCCCCACACGUGCGUUAUGAGCUGCGAACUGGAUCUGGGUAUUCAGGAUGUGAUUGAUCGGUGCUGGCAGGAGUUGCAGCUUAUGCGGGUGUAUACCAAGCGAAAGGGCGACGAUCCCGACUUUUCAGAGGCAUUAAUUGUGCGCAACAAUUCUACCAUUGAAGACGUGUGCGAUCAGAUCCAUCGGACGCUGAAGGAUAACUUUAAGUAUGCUUUGGUUUGGGGGGCCAGUGCCCGACAUGUCCCACAGCGGGUGGGGCUGGGGCAUGUCGUUGCGGAUGAGGACGUUGUGUCGAUAGCUACAAAGUGA